UCACUGCAGGCCAUUACCGUAGAUUCUAUCAUUGACACACUACUAAUGGUGCAGUCUUCUACAGCGAUGCCAUGGUCUCUACGACAUCCAACAUAGCGUUCGGCAACGCAUACAAGAGCGUCCAAGCUAAUAAUAUCAACGGCUCUAUCCACAUUGGACUUGAGAACACACUCGACCGUCUCCCGCGCGCCGAAGAUGCGCCCUUUAACUCGUACGCCAAGCAGCACGAGCCUAUAUGUCUCGCUGACACGCGCGUCGAUCUGCUACAAGAGAUAUACAGCUGGGCAGACGGGCAAGACGAGCGGUGCAUCUUCUGGCUGAGCGGCCUGGCGGGCACAGGCAAGUCGACGAUCGCGCGGACGGUGGCGCGCAGCUACUACGACAAGCAGCGUCUGGCAGCCAGCUUCUUCUUCUCGCGCGGCGGCGGCGACGUCGGCCACGCAGGUAGGUUCGUGACGAGCCUUGCGGUGCAGCUUGCGCGCAAUGUGCCAGCAUUGAAGCAGCGCAUCAGCGACGCAGUUGUAGAGCGCGACGACAUUGCUAGCCAGUCUCUACGCGACCAGUGGCAGCACCUCGUUCUCCGCCCGUUGUCGAAGCUGCACGGACUAGAAGCGGGGCAAAGAACAUAUAUCAUAGUCGUUGAUGCGCUCGACGAGUGUGACAACGAUAGCAACAUCCGCAUUAUCGUGCAGCUGCUGGCUGAGGUGCGGUCGUCGUUGACAGGCGCCCGGCUGCGGGUGUUGCUGAUAAGCAGGCCAGAGGUGCCAAUCCGACAUGGGUUUGGGAAGAUAGCGGACUCAGAGCACAAGGAUGUCGUGCUGCACAACAUCUCGCCAUCAAUCGUUAACCACGAUAUAGGACUAUUCCUUGAGCACUAUCUUAGGAUCAUCGCAAAAGAAUGUAACCAGGCGGACGGUUGGCCAGGUGUAGAGACUAUUGGACGGUUAGUGCAGAGUGCGUGCGGCCUGUUUAUCUGGGCUGCUACUGCCUGUCGCUUCAUCCAAGAAGGCGGACCGUUCGCUGCUGACCGACUGCGUGCUGUUCUUAAGGACAGCUCCUCUAUAGACAGCAGUUCGGCAAACAACAGCUCAUCUAGCGACUCUGGCACAGACGAGCACUUCGAGAUUCUGCCCGAACAGCGAUUAGACAGCAUAUACCUUACAGUGCUUAGGAGCCCUGUUCGCAGAUACAGGAAACAGGAAAGGAAGAGAUGGUACACGCUAAUUAGAGAGACACUUGGGGCGAUUGUGCUUCUACAAUCGCUGCUUUCUACUUCUUCACUAGCUCAGCUACUACGUGUUCCUGUAGAGGAUGUGCAUCGAACGCUAUAUGAGCUACACUCGAUUGUAGAUGUCCCACAAGACCCAAACUGGCCAGUGCGAUUGCAUCACCCCUCGUUCCGCGACUUUUUACUCAAUAGGAAGAGAUGCAACGACGAUAGCUUCUGGGUAGAGAAAAGCGGUACGCACGAGAGGCUGGCGUCUCGCUGCCUAGAGCUCAUGUCUACGCCUAGUGGCCUUCGACAGGAUAUGUGCAAUCUCUCAAAUCCUGGAGUUUUACGGAAAGAGAUCGACGAAGAGACAGUUGAUCGUAACCUGCCGCCUGAGCUGCAGUACGCGUGCCGCUACUGGGUCGACCAUCUCGAGCGCAGCGGGUGUAGUGUUAAAGACGGAGACGCCACGCACCACUUCCUCGAGAAACACCUUCUUCACUGGCUUGAGGCUAUGAGCCUACUCGACGAAACGAGUCUAUGCGUGCGACUACUAGCAAGGCUACAGGCGCUAGCGAAGUCGUCUGAUAGUGUCGUUGCUAAGUUCCUUCACGAUGCCGUCCGGUUUGUGCUGCGAUUCGUACUAAUACUAGCUAAGGCCCCCCUCCAGAUAUAUUCUUCAGCCCUUCUCUUCUCGCCCGAGUCAAGCGUUGUGCGAAAGGUGUUUAUUGAACAGGUACCACAGGCAGUGAGAGUGAUUUCCGGGAGAGACGUAGAGUGGGACGCAUGCCGGAGUGUGCUGGAGGGCCAUUCACGAGAGGUCAGGGCGGUGGUGUUCUCGCCAGACGGGCAUCUAGUCGCCUCAGCAUCCAACGACAGCACAGUGCGGGUAUGGGAGACAGCGACGGGCCACUGUCGCAGCGUCCUGGAGGGCCAUUCAGGUUGGGUCAGCGCGGUGGUGUUCUCGCCAGACGGGCAGCUAGUCGCUUCAGCAUCCGGGGACAGCACAGUGCGGGUGUGGGGGACAGCGACGGGCCACUGUCGCAGCGUGCUGGAGGGCCAUUCACAAGAGGUCAACGCGGUGGUGUUCUCGCCAGACGGGCAGCUGGUCGCCUCAGCAUCCGGGGACAGCACAGUGCGGGUAUGGGAGACAACGACGGGCCAGUGUCAUACCGUGCUAGAAGGCCAGCCUUCACCUAUCUUUCGCAUCGCAUUUUCGCCAGAUGGCCGGAUCCUUCGCACAGACAAAGGGGAUAUCCCCCUACCGUUAGAUCUUAUCGCUAUUGUAUCCGCCCUUCCAGCCCAAGAACUGCCAUAUGCUACAGUAAAAGGCGAAUGGGUAUUGCGUCAAACGCGGCGGUUUCUAUGGCUUCCUCCCCAGUAUCGCAACUGUGCCACGACAGUGUAUAGGCACACAAUGUGUCUAGGGUGCCUUUCAGGGCGUGUAGCGUUUCUUAGUUUCUAGUAUCAGUGCGGGUAGAAUACCGCUAAGCCCCGUGCGGCAUUUCUGUACGUCUUGUAAUUAGCGCGCCUUAGUUGUCAAUCCUGCUCUGUAGAGCAACAGACUUGCGCAACAGCACCGCGACCUAGGAUGCCGUAGUAUCUCGCUCGGGAUACACUCUUUGUGCGUCUUUGUAUAGCUUGGUAAACUCUUAAACACAUACGUCAAACCUUGAGCG